GUAUUGAAAAAUUCAAGUGGCAUGAAAGGAUGACAGACUCUGAAGGGCCCCAGAGAUGCACACUUUGUUUUUUAUCCACGUUGCUUUCCCAGAAAGUUCCUGAGAAAUCAGACACAUCGCUUCGCUGCAUAAUAUCUGGUGAGCCCAAGCCAGAGGUAACUUGGUAUAAGAAUGGUCAAACCAUACAUGAGUGUGGCAUUGUUUCCAGUCAUGAAUUCUUCCAGAAUCAGUAUAUUCAUGUGUUACAUCUCUAUUGCUGUACCAAACACGACACUGCUGUUUAUCAGAUCUCUGCUAAAAACUGCUUUGGAAUGAUCUGCUGUUCUGCUUCCAUUGAAGUCGAGUGCUCAGCAGAGAACCUACAACUCUCACCGAACGCAAAAUAUGAUGCGGACACAGUUUGCAGACACGGAACAGAGACACACGAACUGGAGAGCACAAACCAAAUCAGUGGCGAAGAACAUCCGGGUAAGGAAGAAGAAAGCACCUCCUUGGGUACUCCCAUGGCAGCUGGGUCCCCCUCCUCCAAAUUCAACUGUUUAUGUUCACUCCAGUUAUUGGCCAGGAAUGAUAUUAGCACGUCCAGUUUUGAAAGUCCCUUGGACAUUAAAGGAACAAGACACCCCAAGGAGGCUUACGAUCUGGAUAACACAGAGGUUGUUCCAGAUGGAGUACUUUUUCCUAAUUCGAGUAGUAUUCCUGAUGAGCAAAACGGGUUUUGCCAUAGGACAAUGCAUUCCAAAGUGUCGAGGUUAAUAGAUGAUGCCUUAAAGAAUGGUAACCCUAAUGAGGAAAUACUAAAUUCAAGUCAUCAAAAUCCCAAAUUACAGAAAUACAUUAGCUUCAGCCGACCGCUGUCGGAGGCAGCUACACCCAUUUGCCCAGAUGGCAGGGCCACAAUCGACAAGCAAGUCAGCCCACAGGUUUUCACCAAAGACUCUGACAGUGACUAUGAACUUUGCCCAGAGAUGACCCUAACCUGCACCGAGGAGUUUUCAGAUGAUGACCUGGAGUAUCUGGAAUGUUCUGAUGUUAUGACACAUUACUCUAACGCAGUUUGGCAAAGGAACCUCCAGGGGACUGAACGUGUUUUUUUAUUAGAAAGCGAUGACGAAGAGAUGGAAUUCAGUGAGCGUUGCCUGGGUGGGUGUGAGCAUUUCCUCGGUGAAAUGGGUUGUGGGCCUCGGGUGUCGGAUGACGCUGGGCCUAUGGAUGCCACCACUGGCUUCUGGGGUUAUCACUCACAACCCCAAGAUGCGGGGCUGAGGAGCAGCCCAGCCUCCGCCCCUAGUCCCUCGUCCCCGCAAACAGGGACGACUCUGACUUCAGGACCUCACCAGGAUGGGACAUCUACAGUGACAGACCAGGGGAGAUACAAACUCCCCACUCCUCCUGGGCCUGCUGAAAAUGAUUCUCCAGGAAUUCCAGGAGAAACCAGAGACUGCCACCAAGCAGGGGAGGAAUUCACCCGUGACAAUCUGCUAAACAUGGAUAAAGCGGUAACAGAGACAGAGAUGAAGCGUCCGUCUGGUGAGUCAGAAGGGUCAUCAGUGAGCCAGUGUUUGAAGAUUCCAGCUGAGAAAAGAGCAGGGGACAAGAGUUGGUUGAGCAAGAGGGGCUCGGAGAAACCUGCCAGGGUGAGGCGACUGGAAAUGAGGGGGAAAGUCAAGGAGCUGAGCCCCUACCCGAAAGGAAGUGGGACAGAAAGCACCCUUCAUCUCCUCUGUCCCAAAGAACCUGCUAAGCACCCACUAACCCAGAGUGAAAAAAGAGAGGGUUCUCAUGCCAAAGCAGAAGCUCCUGAUCUGAAUCCCCAGUUCCCUGCAGGAGAAUGUGCUAUUGCAACCCACGCAGAACAAGAAGCAAAACCCCCCCACACUCCACCAGGCUUGCUCCUCCAAGAAGGGAACUCCAACUUCAAGGGAGAAGGGGUGCGGGUUAAUCACCUAUUUGAAACAAGCCCGGUUCCAGACCAGAGUGAUCAUCCUCAGGUGCAAAUUCAGGAAACGGUCAGGGAGAGAAUCUCUCCCAGCCAGAUGCCAUCUCUCUCGGAAUCUGCUGGGGAGAAGUCUGCAUUCACUGAGACCACAACAAAUUUUUUACCCAACUUAGGAGGGAUCAAUGAAGAAAGCACAUCAUUGGCCCCGUACUUGGAGGCAGAAAGCUGUACUCAAGGCUCACAGCAUGCAGAAAGCCACGAGAGAGAAGAUAGCACAAGUGUACUGUCCUGGGAAGACCUAGGACAUGAGCUGACCAUCCCAGAAGCCAAUAAUGAAAAUAUGUCCCCAUGUGAGCUGUCAGUGCAUGUCCCCCAGGACAUGUCUCUCUCUGUUGCUUCCCCUGAACCCACAAACACCAUUUCCAUCAUGAAAACUACGUGCAGUGGGACAAGGGGCAGAGAAGUAGCAUGUGUGACGGAGUGUCUUGAAGCAGGUGGCCAAGGAGCAUGUGAUACCAUGGAGUCUCCUGAUGGAUCCCCAGCUGAUAAAUAUUUGCCUCAAGAAAUUUGCUCCCUGGACUUAGAAUUGGCAGAAGGUCAAAGCAAAGUAGCUGAUUUAUGUUCUGCUGACAAGACACUGGGAGUUCUUUUUCAGACACAAGGUUCUGAGCCGCCACUGUCCACCUGUGAAAGCAGCAAAGUUAGGAACUCAUCUGUGUCCCCACUUUUUAUCAGUACUUUCGUCUGGAAUACUUCACACAAUUCCAGUGAAGGUGACACAGAAGAAAAUCUAGCUGAGGUGGCCACUUCCACCUCCACAGUGGCCUCUGCAAUACAGGCUGGCCAGGAAGGGCCGAGCCCCAGCAACUCCAGAGGGCUUGAAGCAAGACAGCCUCCACCUUCUGACGACAAUGCUUUUGUGCAGUUUACAGAGGGAGGUGACAAGAUCCCCAGGACCCAUGGCCCAGACACUGGAGAUACACCAGCCAGUCAUGGGUCAGUUGUGAAGUCUUCUCACAAGAAGUCAACAUUAGCUGCUCAUCUUGAGUGUCUUCGGGUGACCAGAGAGAGUGGGGACACAUCAACUGUUACCUUUGCCAGCAAUAUCCACCCAGCCAAAUACCAUCCUGUUUCAAUCGCUGGGCACAGCCACACAGAGGGCCUGGGGAAGAGCUCACUUCAGGCACCGGAAGAAAAUAUUUUCCAACUUCCCUCCAAUGUGCAGCUGGGUCAUAUUUUAAAUGCUUCCACAAUCGAAACUCCAGAAGAGCCCCUUUGCACGGCUCCCAAUGAACCAGGAGUCCAUGUCCACGAGGCUCAGCUCCCAGAGGGAGAGGGUUUCUGUGGCAAGCCCGCUCUUCAGAUGGAUAAGCAGUCUGGAGGUAAGAGCUGGACCGUGGUCAGAGCGGACAAUAGGAGUGUCGAAGAGAAUGUCCAAGAAAAAGAAAGUGAGACAACUCAGGAGGGCCUGCCCCACCAGCGUUCUCUUUCUGAAGAUGAUUGCCAGGAAAGUUUGCUCACAACGUCUGCUGCACAAGGGCAAAUACAGUUGGUGCCCUUGGACCACUCGUCAGCACACUCCAGGGAGGAGAGAGGGCAGAGCUGGCAGACCGGCGUGUCCAUGGGGGCUGCAGCUACUGUGGACGGUGGAGGGCAGGUGCUGAGCAGGGCUCCGCCUCCCUCUAAUACUCUCCUGGGGGAGACCGAAGGAGGCAGACCAGGACUUUGGGAAGCAGGCAGAAAGCUGAAGAUUAUAACCCUAGAGGCUCCCACUGUGGAAGACUGGUCACCAAGGCAACUGACAGAUUCUGGGCGCCAGGGGUCAGAAGCUGGUCCCGAGACUAAUGACAGGGUCUGGGCUGUAGCCGACUUUCUCAGAUCAGAUGCUCUUGUGCCUGAACGGGACCCCUGUGAAGCAGCAGUAGGUCCCUGUCCUCAGGCUGAGGCUGGCUCAGCCCUUGCUAGUAACAGAGAGAUCUAUGACAGUGAAGAACAGACGUGUGUGCGAUGGGCCAGGGGGCAGAGAAGACAUGUGCCUGGGGGUAGUCUUUCUUCCUGGUAUUCGGGCCAACCCAGAUUCCUGGAGUCAUCUGUGGACCCUGUAGAUGAAAAGGAAUUCUGUGUCACAGAUGUGCAAUCAGAGGCUUCCAAAACUGGAGGGAAGGAAAACAAUGUGAGUCGAAACCAAGAGGAAAACCACAUCAAGGUGGAUCAUCCUGCAUCUUUUAAAGAGGCUCUGAUUGGCCCUAAAAUCCUAGAGUCCUCUGUAGAUCCCAUUGAUGAAACAGGUGUGCUGGCAUUUGACCUGUGUCACCGGGGCUGCACACUGGGCGAUGGAAGAAAGCCACGGGAGAAGCUCAGCCGCGGGGCACUAGAGCCUUCUGAAUCCACGUUGGAGGUCAGGAACUCGAACCAUGGAAACCUGAGCCAGAGAGUGGAGGUCCAGCCUGCCCUCCUGCACGUUCCAUGGCCCCAGCAAAGUGGGGAAACCAUUCCAAGUGAAAACAGCAUCCCCCGAAACCAAGAAGACAGAGAGACAGUGGAGGUGGAGCAGAGUCAACACAACAAAGCAAACGUGGGCGCCCAGCCUGCCAUUCGGCAAGUGCCGUGUCCUGACGAAGACAGGGAAACAAUUCCAAGUGGUUGCACUGCCAGCCAAACACAGGAGGACAGUGAGCGAUGCUUACGGGAGGCAGAACCAAGUAACAAGGCAGCAGAAUGUGCGUUCCCCACUCUUCCUCUUUCUAGUUGUCUUGCAAUAAUGACUCAUGCAUGUGUUGGAGACGAUACUCACAACUCCACAGGUCAGAUUCAUCAUGUCCUUGAGGAUGAUUUAGUUGAGCCCAGCAACUAUCCAUAUGCAUUUUCCGAUUCAAAGGGAACAGGAGUAAUUGAGAGUGAGAGCGGUAAACGCUUGUCCUCUCCUGGUGAUCACACUUGGUUGCCCUGUACUUCAGGGCCAGAAGGAGACGUCCCAAGCUCUCCAGUGAGCCACAAAAUUGAGGAACCCCAAACAGAGGAGUCCCAAAUUGGGGAAACCCUGCCCGCAAGCGUGUCUGACUCCCCGGCAGUGGGUUCGGCAUUCAGUUUAGAAGAAUGCAUGUCCGAGAAAGCUACCAAGACCCUGCAGGGCCCGUGUGGCCAGGGCUGCGCGCUGGGCGAUGGGAGAAAGCCGCGGGGGAAGCUCAGCCCCGGGGCAGCCCAGACCCGCCGAUUUCCAGGGGCCCCGCCAGCAGAGACGGGGGCAGAGGGGAUCAAGAAGAAGCAAGAAACCUCAGGAGGCGGACAUCUAGCUGAGGGAGUAAAAAGGAAAAUUCUGUCCAGGGUGGCUGCCCUGAGGCUGAGGUUAGAAGAGAAGGAAAACGUCAGAAAGAGCUCAAGCUUUCUUAAAAAGAUGCCUAAACUCGAAGCAGCCGUAUCACGCAUGGAUGAGACAAACGACCCAAAAAAGCCACCUUACAAAAGAGAAGGAAAAGCUCCGGUAUUACUGGAAAAGAUCCAAGCCGAGAUUGUCCCAGACCACUCUGGAAAUGUAAAAUUAAGCUGCCAGUUUGCAGAAAUUCAUGAAGAUUCUACUAUCUGGUGGACAAAAGAUUCUAAGUCAAUAGCCCACGUGCAGAGAAGUGCAGGUGACAACUCCACUGUGUCCUUGGCCAUCAUUCAAGCCAGUCAGAAGGACCAGGGCCUCUAUUACUGCUGCAUCAAGAACAGUUAUGGAAAGUCGACAGCUGAAUUUAACCUCACCGCUGAAGUUCUCAAACAACUUUCAAGUCACCAGGAUCCUAAAGGGUGUGAGGAGAUUGAAUUCAGCCAACUCAUCUUCAGAGAAGACUUCCUCAGUGACAGCUACUUUGGGGACCGCCUGCGAGGUCAGAUCGCCACCGAGGAGCUGCACUUCGGAGAAGGCGUCCACCGAAAAGCCUUCCGCAGCAAAGUGAUGCAGGGCCUCACUCCCGUCUUCAAGCCCGGCCACGCCUGUGUGCUCAAGGUGCACAACUCGGUUGCCUACGGGACCAGGAACAACGAUGAACUCGUGCAGAGGAACUACAAACUGGCCGCCCAGGAAUGCUAUGUCCAGAAUACCGCCAGGUACUAUGCCAAGAUCUAUGCUGCUGAAGCACAGCCUCUGGAAGGCUUUGGAGAAGUGCCAGAAAUCAUUCCUAUUUUUCUUAUCCAUCGACCUGAGAACAACAUCCCUUAUGCAACAGUGGAGGAGGAGCUGAUUGGAGAGUUUGUGAAGUAUUCCAUCAGGGAUGGGAAGGAAAUAAACUUCUUGAGAAGAGAAUCAGAGGCCGGUCAGAAGUGCUGUACCUUCCAGCACUGGGUGUACCAGAAGACAAGUGGCUGCCUCCUGGUUACAGACAUGCAGGGUGUAGGAAUGAAGUUAACUGACGUUGGCAUAGCAACAUUGGCUAAAGGGUACAAAGGAUUUAAAGGCAACUGUUCCAUGACCUUCAUUGAUCAGUUUAAAGCACUUCACCAGUGUAACAAGUAUUGCAAAAUGCUGGGGCUGAAAUCUCUUCAAAACAACACCCAGAAACAAAAGAAGCCAAGUACUGGGAAAAGCAAAAUUCAGCCAAACUCCACAACAGUGAAGAAGAUGGCUUCUGGGACCCCAGCAGAAAAGAAAACCUAGCAUCCCUGAUGAACUAAUGGCCACCAGCUAGCAGCACAUGGUCUUGUGGGUGGAAACCUGAAAACACCCAGGAGAGGACACACAGCCUGUAGAGUGAUGUGACAAUCCUUAUUCCCCGCUGCCUGUGCUCCAAGCUGCUUCUGAACCCGUCGCCUGCUGCCUUCCCUGAAAUGCUUUUGGAGCAGGAUUUGUGACCCACUUAGGGAGACAAUUGUCAUUCUGAAAGACAGUCCAUCUUUGUAUACACCUUUUGCAUCUGUACUGACCUAGAGUUAUGUGUCUGUCUGUGUAUUUGCAUGUGGCUGUGCUGUCAGAGACUCGGUGCUGAGCAGGGUCUGUCUACAGCCCAAACCCUCCCAUCCCUAAUCCCAGAAUUUCUAGACACAACCAGCUGCUGUCUGAGCAGAAAAUGUGAAUUCCUUCCUUGGGUCAGGUUGUGGCACUCAUGUCUAACAUACUGUUGCUGCUGGAGGUGGCUUCAGAAACGUGAGGCCAUUUCCCAUUCAUUAUUCACACAUCCGGUUAUAAUUUUCUGUUUAAUUAAAUUCACAUCGAAACAAAAA